UUUGGUUUUAACCUUCGUCAUCUGUGCAUUGUACUGUGAAGUGUCAUAUACUAGUAGUUUGCAGUUGUUGACGGGAUGGACAGGUUGGCUAGCACCAGUUCCUGACAAAAGGCAUAAAGCAUUUUGUAAAUAUUGUAAGAAGGAAUUUCGUGCGCAUCGUACAGAUCUCCGCGCCCAUGCUCGUUCAAAAAAACACCAGAAAGCAGGAGACACAUAUUUCAAUGAUUCAAAGAAGGAUCAAAAUCCAGAUAUUAGUUCACAAAAUGUUGCAAAGGCUGACAAAACUGAAGUGAAUAGCACCAAAGGUUGGGAAGAAGUAGAUCCUAAUGUUGCUCAAGUGGAAGAUGCCACUCCAACGUGUAUGGGAAUGAUGGCUUGUAUGCAGCUCAUGGGUGCUGAAAAUCAAGAUGUUGUGACAUGUGGUGUUUCAACUCAAGUACUCGAUCUCGUACGCGGUGUUCCUGUUAGUCGUAUGGCCGUCACACUUUGGCUGGAAUGUGGAAACUCAUGGACACAGAUAAGUGAAGGAAUUACAGAUGCUGGUGGUUACUGCACCAAUUUGCUGAGAAUGAAUGAAGUAGUGGCUGGCCGUUACAAGAUGCAUUUUGAGGUCAAAAAGUAUUUUACACUUGGGCUACACGAUACAUUUUAUCCCUUCAUUGAGGUUACUUUUGAUGUGUCAGACCCAGUUGAGCAGUACCAUGUCCCAUUACUUCUCAGCCCAUUUGGAUAUAUGGUGUAUAGAGGAAGAUAAUUUACUAUCAUCUCAGUGUACUUUAAAACUUGGUUCAUUAAAUGAUGGUACUCCAACCUGUGCAGGAGCAUUGAUUAUUCUUCAUUGCACUCGUGCUUCGAAAACAUGAGAGCUGGAUGAUGAUCAUACCUGAAACACGGAACGUCAGUGAACUCAGCAUUGUGCUCGUCAACUUCGGCUUUCUUCCUUGGAAAGGAGUGAAAGAAGUGAAGUCAUGCAAGUCCUAAUGCAUAUGGUGGACAUCAAACUUAUUCAGAUCUUUGCUUUUUUUGCCACAGUAUGUCAUUCUUAAGGUAAAAACACCUGAGGAACUUUGAUGCUUCUUUGUAAGAGCAAAAUCUCUCUCUGGCAGAAGAUGGUUGUGACUGCUCGCCGAUCACUCCGUAUUUUCCGUCUUACUAUUUAUAUCCACAAAAUAAUGGCAGUACAGAGCAUUGUUUAAUCUUGUCUGUGUAAACAGAUGGUCUGCAAGUUUUCUUCCUUUGAAGAACUUAACUAAAUAAGGUAUUUUAUUACUGCUGUGUUUUGCUUUGUCUUCUGACCACAUACACGUGCAUUCCUUGUCCUUACCAGUCAUGAAUACUCGAGUUACAAACCCACGGCUUUUUUUCUAAUAAACUUGGUGAACUGUCUGUUGUGGACUGAGACAGGUACUGUGAUGCAGGGUCACACCUGGGCUUCUUUGCACCAUCAGGAAGCCCAAAUGUGUCUGUAUUAUUAAUUAUAAAUGUUAACAUAUUGUCUUAAUCUGUCAUAAAUAAAAAAUAUAAAAUCAAUAAAAAUAAAGAAAGAGACAAGAGAGAACCAUGAGAACAUGACUUCAUGUUAUCCAAAAUGUGUUUUUAAUCUAAAUAAUUGAUAAUUAACACAUGGGUAAUUCUGGUGGGUUAGGAUUGGCAGUGGGUAGGAUGAUGGAAUGCAAUGGUGUUGGGUAUAAUCUUGUAUCUCUGGGGCUGUGACUGCAUCUCCGUAAAUGUCAUUACACCGUUGGCUCCAGAAUUGGCAAUGUCUGUUGGAGAUGAAAUGAAGUAGUAACCUAUAAAAGUUUGUCAAAUUUAGCACACGCUGAUUGUUGUUUUAUAGGUCAUAUAUUGUAGCAUUGGCCCUGUGAUAAUGAAGGUCCAACUCUUUUAAUGCACCGUUGUUAUUUUCACUUUGAGCAGACUCCUUCAAGACUUCUAAUAUGUCAUGAGAUAUACAGGUGCAAAACUGAUGUUAAACCCAAUACUAAAGUUCUGUACAUUCUGAAGGAAGUUCUAAACAUUGCUCUUUAGCCCAAGACCCAUAGAAGUUUUGAUAAAGGCUUCAUGAUGAAAGGUCACAGCUGAAGUAAAAUUUAUAGUAGUUGUUACUGUAUUUUGCUAUUCUGCUAAUAUAUGGAGGCAGCAAGGAUCUCUGAAACAUUAGUAAACUUCUACCAGACUACACGGCGCUACAACACAGAAGACAGCCAUCUUCCACUCCAGUUACUUAGUAGUGAAUGUACUAUAGCAGCAUCCAGUAGGCACUGUGCUUGAUGUAUGAUACAAGUACGAAAUAAAGUAUAACAUCAGUUUAAUUGCCACCAAUCAUCUCAAAGCAACAUUGACACAAAUAUUUUCUGAGGAGUAAGAAAGUUGUGCUGUUGUAUAUGGCUGAGCUGUGGUAUUAUCCAUAAUUAUUCUUGCACAUGGUUAUAGUGAUAUGUAUAGUGUGUGUAUAUGUAUACUAAUUUAUAGCAGUAUUAAGUACUAUUAAUUAUUUAUAAGUUAAUGGAUGUGUGAAAUAUGUAUCACAAAACGGUGGAAACCAUUUGUACAUCUUUUGUAACUUGGUAUUCUUCCAGUGUUAUUUCUGACCAGGAUGAUUGCAACUAAAACAUAAACAGGAUGUGUACACUCACAUUUCUGAAGUCUGUCAGGUACUAAAACCUAAUCCGUAGUCUUUGUAGGAAACAGAGGAAGAUUGCUGAGGAUGAGGUAAGUUUGUGAAAAUAGAUUUGUUGGUAAAGAAAAAAGUGAAUAUGGAAUGUAGAUGACUGUCUUCUGGGAUUUUUCACUGUGUAGUAUAGUAGAAAUUUAAUAGCGUUUCACAGGUGCUACUGCCUCCAUAAUCAGGGAAAUUAAGUUUUGGUAAAUUUCUAAUAGACUACAUGGCACAUCAUACUUACCACCAUGAGGACCUGAAAUAGCACAUCAGUGUAUGUCACUCAAUUUGCUGGCCAAUAUAAAUAUUGGCAUACAAAUUGCUCUUCAUUUUUUGGAAUAGUGUAAUCCAUGUCAUAAUUCUGCUGCAAGUUUGAUAGAUUAUACUGUCCGUACUCA